AUGUGCUUAAUGAACAAGAAGUGUCCAUGGAGGAUUUAUGCAUCUAUCAACAGCAGCAGUAUUAGAGUGGUUUUUAGGUCGUUCAAUGAUGUGCAUAACUGCACAUGGCAAGAUAGGGUCUCCCUGCUGACAAAUGCUCGAAUUGCUGACAUCUACAUAGAAGAAUUUAGGAUCAAUCCGAAUAUCUCGGCAAAGCAACUACAGAAGAAGCUCAUAAAACGCGAGUAUGAGGUUACCUAUUUUAAUGACAGGUUUGUAGUGCAAAUGAGAGGUGAACCGAGUUGUGGCUGCAGGAUGUAUAAAGUCAGUGGCAUCCCUUGCUGCCACAUGCUUUCGGCCCUGCGUAUGGAGAGACACAAUGAUCAAGAUCUAAAUCUGCUUCUUUCUCACUGGUUCACCGUAGAGAAGCUAAGAAGCUGCUACGCUACUCCAUUGAAGGCGGUUGGAGGCAUGAACAUGUGGAAUAGCACUGAUGCGUGUGUAAAUCCACCUCCAUAUAAGAGGCCUCCUGGAAGACCUCCAGGGAAGAAAAGAAAGAGAGAAGUUGGUGAAACAAGACCAGGAAUGAUUCCUAAGAGAGGAACUAAAAUUCAUUGUGGCCUAUGUGGACAAGAAGGACACAACCGGCUAUAUUGUAAGAGUCUACUUGUUGAUAAGCCGCCUUCAAACCCACGUGGGAGGCCAAGGAUACGACCGGUUACGGAAGCACCAAUGAUGUCUUCUCAAGUGCCUGAUAUAUCUGCAUCGUCUUCUCAAGCACCGGUGGUAGCUUCUCAACUUGUUGCACAAAGCCAACCAAUGGAAGAUCUUCCAAGUCUUUCAGCUGCUCUCCCAAAAAGGCAUCGAGGAAGACCUCGCAAAAGUCAAUUUGAUGGUGUUUCAUCCUCGCAACCAAACCUUACAACUCCACGAGAACCUAUUUAUGAUACAGGGCCAGUACAUCUUCCGAGGGAAGGAGUUGGUCUCUUUACAAGCUCUAUUACUGGUGACGACUACAUCGCAGUUGGCUCACGUGUGACAGAUACAAGUGACAACACCAUCCUGCAAAGUACACUCUAUCGUUCAAGAGAGAAGAAGAAAUUAGCUGCUCGUGCUGCUGCUGGUGGGAAGAAUAGUGAGAAGAGCGUGAAGUGA